CCGACGCAUGUCCCUGGCACCGUGGAGGGAAUGCUCCUCCCCCCAGCGUGCCCUGCGGUACGGGGGCUGGGUGGGGGGGGGGUGGGGGCGAACCCGGAAGUUCUGGGCCGAGUUCCUGGUUGCCAACGAGUCCCAUCCCGAGUGGAUGGAAACCGGCGACAUGGCGGCGUCCGGCCCAGCGCUGUGCCUCUUCGACGUGGACGGGACGCUGACGGCCCCGCGACAGAAAAUUACCAAAGAAAUGGAUGGCUUUCUACAAAACUUGAGGCAGAAGAUCAAAAUUGGUGUGGUAGGUGGGUCAGACUUUGAGAAAGUGCAGGAGCAGCUGGGAAAGGAUGUGGUUGAAAAAUACGAUUAUGUGUUUCCAGAAAAUGGCCUGGUUGCAUACAAAGAUGGGAAACUCUUGUGUAAACAGAGUAUUCAAGGUCACCUGGGCGAGGCCCUAAUCCAAGAUCUAAUCAACUACUGUCUGAGCUACAUCGCAAGAAUUAAACUCCCGAAGAAAAGGGGUACUUUCAUUGAGUUCCGAAACGGGAUGUUGAACGUGUCCCCAAUUGGGAGAAGCUGCAGUCAAGAAGAACGCAUUGAGUUUCACGAACUCGAUAAAAAAGAAAACAUCAGACAGAAGUUUGUAGCAGACCUGCAGAAAGAGUUUGCAGGCAAAGGCGUCACGUUCUCCAUAGGAGGCCAGAUCAGCAUCGAUGUCUUUCCUGAUGGCUGGGACAAGCGGUACUGCCUGAGACACGUGGAAAAUGACGGCUAUAAGACCAUCUAUUUCUUCGGGGACAAAACCAUGCCCGGAUCAAGUGAGAGGCUGGAUCGUUCACAGAGGAGGAGCUGCACGGCUGCCCUCCAGAUCUUUAUGUGGACCAGCCUGCCUGUCCUGGCAUCACCCAGACCUGGGCCUAAGGGGUGGGCGCCGUCCGACGGGUGGUCCUGUGACCCUCACUCCGUGCUUUGAGUUCAGCGAGGUCCUCGUGCUGCUGGAAGGCAGCCCACGGAAGAGCGCUUCCCAAGGAAACGGUUCACAGGUCACUUUUCAGAAUCUGGACUUGUCAGGACCCGCAGACCCACAGUCCGCUCCAGUCCACAGCACGGCCUCUGCUCAAGCCUGGCCCAUCUGAACAGGUGUCUGCACGCCCGCUGCCCCACCCCCACCCCACCAGGUGCUUUCAUCUCCACAAGCCUCCCAGGCCCCACCAAGCUUGUCCUAGCUGGGGGUCCAGUCGGGGGCCGUCUGUGCCCACACGCAGGGCCGACGUUGCUCAGUGGUUCCCAGGACUGAGCCACGCAGGCGGACCUUUCCUUGCUGGGUUUUGCAAGCGAUACUGUAACGACCUUUGACAAUGCAAAGCAGCAAAUUAAAGUUGAUUUUAUUGUUUCCUGUUUCUCA